AUGCAGUUAGUUAAGCUGCAGCACCAACCAGCUCGUCGUGAGUCUCGUGACCCAGCAGCAAAGCUGCGCCCACUCCCGCGCGAGGCAGCAGCGCCGUCCGGGCGUCCAGCCUCGCCCUGUGGCUGCCCGCGCAUGGCCGCCGUCGGUCCGCGUCAUCAGCAGCAGCGCAUCGCAUCGCUCCAGCUACAACCUCUACCGCGCGACGCGUCCAGGUCGCCCCGCGUGCCACCAGCUGCCGCGCCGCCCUGCGCUGCCCGCACCUCCGCCGGCUUCGCCCGCAACGGCCUCCACCUCGCGGCCACGUCCGCAGCACCCCUGCGGCUGCCACGGCCACCUCCGGCCGGCUUCCGCCGCGCCCAGCACCACUCCGGCUGCGCCCCCCACGGCCAGCACCGGCUGCUCCACGCAGCGCCCUGGCCGGCUUCGCCAACGCCCAUCCUCGGCCGGCUUGCUGCGAGCAUCUCCGGCUCCGGCCGCGCGCGUCCCAGCCGAGAGCGACAUGCCUCGUCCGCCUCUCGGCUCGCGCCCAUGCCGGCCUCCUCCGGCUAA